CAUGGCGCCCGUUGCCACAGAAUUCGAGCGCAUCAUCCAUACCGCCCGCGAGCGCAAGCGCGCUGAAGCCCUCGCCAAUGAGAUCUUCUCCAAGAACCGCCGCCAGAGCGCGCCCGCAGGCCCCAAGGCCGUCCAGCCCGGAGGAUCGCUCGCCAGCCGAGUAGGCGUCAAGAAGAGCAAAGCCACACCCUCGGCCCUGCGCCGUCGGGCAAACGACCUCACCGGCGACGUCAACGGCGAAUGGACGCACGACCUCCACACCUCCGUCAACUCCAACCUCCCCCUCAGCUCCCGCAUCACCCUCCCCGGCGCCGCUCCCCGCAAGGCACCCACAGCAGCAGCGUCCUCCAAGAAGAAGUUCGCCAGGCUGAGCGCCGCCGUCGACCGCAUGGACACGGACCCCUCCGUCAGGCAGCAGGUCAACGUCGUCCCGCAGAAGAGCACCCUGCGGAUACCCGACGCGGGCAUCUCGAUCCGCGGGCUGGCCGGCCCCUUUGCCGUCAUGGCGCAGAACUUUGCGCCUGGGACGACGGCCGCGGACGUGGAGAGCGCGAUGACGCCGGUCGGGGGCGAGAUGCUCAGCUGCGAGGUGGUCAAGACGCAUCCGUUUAUGAUUGUGGAGAUGGUCUUUGCGUCGAGAGAGGGCGGCGAGCGGGUGAUUGAAAUGUUCAACAACAAGACGGCCGACGGCAGAAUCCUCAAAGUCUACCCCAAGCCAGGCGGCUACAAGCCUCCCCGCGACUCCUCCUCCUCCGGCCGCCAACCAUCAUCCACCCGCGCCCAGGUCGUCGACGGCUCCAUGGGCUUCCCCGAAAACGACCUCAUGGCCACGGACAACAUGCCCGCCUCGCGCAACAGCAGCAACAACAGGCUAAACUACAACGCCAACAACAACAACAACGACUCCGGACACAGGCGCGGCCGCGGAUUCCAGAGGGGGCAGCACUCGAAUAACGGACGCUAGAGGCGUUCGAAUUCGCG